UUUCGCAUCCAAAACAACUUCUAUUUCAGGUAUUAAUCUUAAACUUUGAAUUGAAUGAUAUAUCUGAUUCAGAGAUUAGUCAUUAACUUUAAACUUAGAGAUACUUCUAAUCACGAGAUUAGUCAUCACUUCUAGCUUAUAAACAACAUAAUUAUCUUCAACCUCGUCUUUAUAAUGCCACCGAACCCACCCAUGUCUUCUCUUCUCCUCCACCUGAUCAACCACAACGACUCCGCCGCCGCCGCCGCCGCAGACUGUCAUGACACCCUACUCGUCAAGCCCUUUGGGGCUGUACCAGACGCCGUGGCGCGUUACCACACUCACGCGGUAGCGGAAAACCAGUGCUGCUCGGCGGUGGUGCAGGAGAUCUCCGCCUCCGUGGCCACCGUGUGGUCCGUCGUGCGGCGCUUCGACAACCCACAGGCCUACAAGCACUUCGUGAAGAGCUGCCAUGUCAUAGGAGGCGACGGCGAGGUCGGGACACUCCGAGAAGUCCAUGUCAUCUCCGGCCUUCCGGCAGCGCGGAGCACCGAGCGCCUCGAGAUCCUAGACGAUGAGCGCCAUGUCAUCAGUUUCAGUGUCGUCGGCGGGGACCACCGCCUCUCCAACUACCGCUCCGUCACCACCCUCCAUCCCGCCGCUGCCGGUUCCGGAACGGUGGUUGUGGAGUCCUUCGUGGUGGACGUGCCACCCGGGAACACGCCCGAAGACACGCGCGUGUUCGUCGAUACAAUCGUAAGGUGCAACCUUCAGUCACUUGCGCAAACCUCGGAGAACUUAACGCCACAGAACAACAACAUCAAUGACAACACCAACAAUUACAAGUUCAGUUCCUAAAUUUUCCUAUUUUUUUUUUCUUUUACUAUUUAUGAUUUAUAGUGUCAUUUUCUAUAUAUGUAUAUGAAGUGUUGUAUGUGUAUAAUAUUAUUAUUAUUAU